AUCGUGGCUAUCUCCAGUCCUCUCGCAACGUUUUGUUUCCUUACGGCAAGCAUAAGUUCUUAAACACUGCUUUCUACAUUCUAAUUGGCCAAAAAAAGAAUGACGAAAUUCACUCUGAGACCAAACAGCUUUUGUUUUACUCCACCAAUUGCAAACUCGCGGGACUCAAUCUUCUUACUUAAUAAUAACAUCUCGCCGAAGAACCAACGCUUGCAAUUAAGCCCUUUGAAUAGUCCGUUGAAAUUCAGGGUGUUCUGUAGCAUCAAGGAGAAGGAAAGCGUCAAGGGAGUCGAUGGAAGGGGUAGUAAUGGUGGGUUGCUCCGUGUUGAGGAGCGGGACAAAGCAGGUUUGUGCUCCGAUUUGGAUGAAGUGGGUCAUGAGAAUGGGGCUAAGGAAGUGGGUUUUGAUUGGAAGUGGGCUUCCUGGAAAAAUGUUCCUGAGAGAUAUAAGCUUAUUGGUACUACUUCGCUUGCGUUCGUUAUUUGUAACAUGGACAAGGUAAACUUGAGUGUUGCUAUCAUCCCUAUGUCACACCAGUUUGGAUGGAAUUCAGCAGUAGCUGGUUUAGUACAAUCAUCGUUCUUUUGGGGUUAUGCCUUGAGUCAAUUACCAGGUGGUUGGCUUGCCAAGAUUUUUGGUGGCAGAAAAGUUCUUGAGAUUGGAGUGCUGGCUUGGUCCUUGGCUACAGCUCUGGUUCCUUUGCUUGCUGGAUUCAUGCCUGGACUAAUCUUAUCUAGGAUUAUGGUUGGAAUAGGAGAAGGUGUUUCCCCAUCAGCUGCAACUGACCUUAUUGCCAGGUCAAUACCCCUGGAAGAGCGCUCAAGGGCUGUCUCAUUCGUCUUUGGUGGAUUGAGUGUAGGAAGUGUUACAGGGCUUCUUCUGGCUCCUCCACUAAUCCAAAAGUUUGGUUGGGAAUCUGUCUUUUACAUAUUUGGCUUUCUUGGAAUAACAUGGUUUUCAUGGUUUCAAUUUCUUGGAGAAAGUCAAGUUUCAUAUGCUGCUGAACCUGUUGCAAAGUCCAAGUAUAUUGAUGUGAGCAAAUCAUGGAGUAGUUCUCUGCAGGAAUUGGGUUCCUCGGACAUACCGUGGAAGGCAUUUUUCCAAAGUCCUGCUGUAUGGGCAAUGAUAUAUGCUCAUUUUUGUGGAAGUUGGGGUCAUUACACUUGUCUUUCAUGGCUUCCUACGUAUUUUAGUGAGGAAUUGGAUCUAAAUUUGACAGAAGCUGCCUGGGUUUCUAUCCUUCCUCCUCUUGCUUCAGUUUUUGUGUCUAGCAUUGCAUCGCAGUUUGCUGACAAUUUAAUAGCCAAGGGAGUUGAAACCACCAUGGUUCGAAAGAUAUGCCAAAGUAUUGCCUUCUUGUCUCCUGCAGUCUGCAUGACUAUCUCUUCUCUGGAUCUAGGAUUGCAACCUUGGGAAAUUGUAGGGAUUCUCACUGGUGGUCUAGCCCUCUCAAGCUUUGCAUUGUCAGGACUUUACUGUACCCAUCAAGAUAUUUCACCUGAGUAUGCAAGUAUACUUUUGGGUAUCACCAACACCGUUGGAGCAGUUCCUGGAAUAGUAGGUAUUGCCCUCACGGGUUUUCUUCUUGAUUCAACUCAUUCAUGGAGUAUGUCCCUCUUUGCACCAUCGAUUUUCUUCUACAUGAGUGGUACGAUUGUAUGGUUGGUCUUUGCCAGCAGUAAGCCUCAAACCUUUUCCAAGAGAGAUUAACCUUCCCUUUUUGCUUUAGAUUUGUUUUCGGAAUAAAGCACCAAAAUGAAGGAAAUAUUGGUCAUACCUCAAGGUCCGACCAUAUUGAUUUGUUCCACUUGUGGACGUUGAAAAGAAGCCAUGUGUAUUAUUUGAACUGUAAAUUGUUUUUUCCAACAUAUAUUUCUUGUAUGUUUGAUAGGUCAAGACCGGUAAACUGUCCCAAGAAAUUUUGUAGUUUCAAAUUGGACAGCUAUGUGUAAGGGCUUAGAGUCGGUAAUAUAUGCAGAAAGUCAAUGAUAUUUGGUCUGUGUAACAUACUAUUUUGAAGUUAGUUAAAAAAGCAUUGAUUCCAGCGGAAAACUGCUAGAUGUCUUUUCCUUGCGCCUCUGGGAAGCUGUGCCAUGCUGAUUCCAGCAGAAAUUGAUUUGGUCAUUUCUAGCAUGCACACACAAAACCCCUUAUGAGAAAUUAGCUUACAGUUUUAAGUUGGCUUGUUUUCUCCUCUGGGCACCUUUAGUUGAAAACCUAAUGAAAGGAAAUGACAAAC